AUGUACGGAGGUGGCUAUAAUUCAUAUGGCGGUGGAAUGGGAGAAAUGAGAUCGGAUAUGUGGAUUAAUCAAAAUGUACCUGGUGGUAUUAACAGUGGCUUAGGUGAACGACUUGAUAACUAUAUGGGUGGAAAUCCAAACCCAAGUUAUGGACAAAUAUACGGAGGUGCUCCGGGCGUCGGAGGUUAUGGUGGUGGAUAUGGCGGUGGAUAUGGUGGUGGAUAUGGUGGUGGAUAUGGUGGUGGAUAUGGUUAUCAAUACGGAUGA